CUUCAGCGAAUUAUAAGGGAAUAUGUUUUUAUACAAAGGAAUAAUUUUUAUAAAACAGUUACGCAAUUAAGCGAACGACAAGAAAAUAUAACGUAACAUUGUAAUUUGCACGUAGAUUUAAUUCAUUUGCGAAUACCUUUAUGAUUUGCUAUGGUUGCUAUAUUUAAAUAUUACGUAGAGUGAAUUCUUUGAUGCGUGUGUAUUGAUUACAUAUUGCGAUUUUAAUUACCGCAAUUGUAAAAUUAUAACAAUCGUAGUAGAAUGUUUUUAUUGGCAUUAAUUUAGUCAUUUAAAUUAGCGGAAAUCUUGCAAAGUAUCUGCUAUAAAUUUUAUUGAUAAAGUGUCAGGAAAAUUGUAACAGUAUCUGAUAACAGAGUAAGACGAUAAAUUGGCGGCAGAAACGAAAUAAAAUGUGCUGUGCAAAUGAAAUACACAGCAAAUUUUGCCUCGAUCUUUGCCAAUUUCUCAUUAAAUUAUGUCAACAGACGUAAUUAAUCUCUGCUAACAUAACAAGAUUUUAAUUUGAACAGAUACCAUAUUUGCCGCAAUAUUCUAAAAUUGCGCGCGCGCCCAUAUCUGAUAGUAAGAUCAUAUCAUGAAAGAUUGUACAGAUUUGUCAUCAGUGAUAGAUACCACAUUUUGCUGAGAACACGCGUGUGUCAGACGAAACAGCAUUUAUUGAAUAAGAGACCGUGAAGUGAUUCAAUAUGUGAAUAGUUCAAAUGUGUUUUUAAUUCAAAUAAAAAUUACACAACGGUAUUAAAACUAGAACAAAAUAAUGUACGAAAGUUUCAAGUUAUAUUUCAAGAACAUAAUAAAAGAUGAAUGAUAUAGCACGAAAAAUAACUGACAUAAAAGAAGCAUUAUAUGCUGUAAAUAAUAAUAUCAAGUUUUGCUAACAAUAAUAUGAAAAUAGAUUUCUAGCAAUAUGGCUACAUUAUCUGUAGUAGACUAUAUUGUGAUUUGUGUAUUAAUGGUGAUCAGUUCCGGAAUCGGAAUAUACUACUGGCUCACCGGAAAUCGGCAAAAAUCUACAGAGGAAUAUUUCGUGGCGAACAAAUCAAUGCGAGUAGUACCGGUGGCGAUAGGUUUGAUGGUUUCAUAUCUGUCAGCAGUAAGUUUACUUGGUGUGAGUUCCGAAAACUAUAUUCACGGUACACAAUAUGCUGUAAUUAUUUUUUCUUACGGCAUCGCCACGCCAUUCGUAGCCUAUUUCUAUUUACCAGUAUUUUUCAAACUCAACGCCACAAGUGUUUUUGAGUAUCUGCAAAAACGUUUUGGCACAACCACCAGAGUAAUAGCCAGCUUUGCCUUUCUACUCCAAUUAUUGCUCUACACUGGUGUCGUAUUGUAUGCACCCGCACUGGCUCUAGAAGCUACCACGGGUAUUUCAAUGAGUGUGAGCGUAAUCAGUCUGGGCCUGGUCUGCACAUUUUACUCGACUAUCGGUGGUAUCAAGGCAGUCCUCAUCACCGAUGUGUUUCAGAGCCUAUUAAUGCUGAUCGCUGUUAUCAUGGUUAUUGCCACUGCGGCUGUUGAUACCGGCAGUCUCGCUCGGAUCUGGCAAAUUGCGCGUGAAGGAUCGCGAUUGGAAUUUAACAACAUUUCUCUAGAUCCAACUGUACGACAUACUUGGUGGAGUCUAACAAUCGGUGGAUUCUUCACUUAUCUCUCUUUAUACAGUGUUAAUCAAGUUCAGGUCCAGAGAAUGUUGACUCUCAGAAAUGUAAAAGCCGCCCAACAUGCAUUAUGGUGGAGCUGGCCAAUGGCGUCGAUCAUGUCGCUCACUCUAAGUUUCACUGGAUUGGCGAUAUACGCAAAAUAUCAUAACUGUGAUCCCCUCAAGGAGGGUAAAAUAAGUUCGUACGAUCAAUUGAUGCCGCUGUACGUGAUGGAUAUGCUGUCGAACUAUCCCGGUGUACCUGGGCUCUUUAUAGCAGGGAUUUUCAGCGCUGGGCUCAGCACCAUCUCAGCCACGGUUAAUUCUCUCGCCGCUGUUAUCCUCGAAGAUUAUAUCAAGCCUCUCUGGCGUAUAAGAAAGAAGGAGUUAUCUGCGACAACAUCAAUAAUUAUUAGUAAACUACUAGCUGUUGCGGUCGGAGGAGCUUGUCUAGCCGUUGCUUUUCUGGCACAAUAUCUUGGCGGAUUAUUGCAGGCAGCUUUAACGAUUUUCGGUGUAAUCGGUGGACCUAUGUUAGGUUUAUAUACACUCGGCAUGUUCCUUCCAUCGUGCAAUCAGAGAGGCGCACUCACGGGCUUUAUUCUUAGUCUCAUGUUCUCCUUAUGGAUAGGAUUCGGUCAACCAAAACCGCCGAUUUCGGAACUGCACGUCUCAACCGAUGGUUGCGAAACCAAUAAAACUACUAUUAUGUGGUAUUAUGGGAGUGAUAAGGAAUUAGCUUACACAAAUUCACAAACCGAGGCAGAUAAAUCCUAUUUCUACCUUUACCGAAUCUCUUACAUGUGGUAUUGCCCAUUGGGAUUCAUCUUUGCUAUAGUCGCAGGAUGUCUUGCCAGCUGGAUCACAAGAUGGAUCUUUAAAGAAGACCAAACCGAAGUCGAUCCCUUAUUGUUGAGUCCAAUUAUGGCAAAUCAAGUACAGAAAAGACGAAAAAAAAUCGACGAAUUUCGUAAUACAAUAAAAUUUAAUAAAGAUUAAAGUCGUAAAUAAACUCAUAUUGUUAAUUUUUCUUUUGCACACAAGUAAAUCUUACGAACGGAAAAAUAUUAAUAUUUUUACUUCAUAAUCUAUAAAUAAUUAAUAUGUAUCAUCUGUACAAAAUAAAUAUGUUUGUACAUGUUCUAUUAACGAGAAUGUAAAUAAUGGAUAUUUAUUGUACAUGUGAGAACUUGAGAAGAAAAUUUAGAACUUUUAAUAUAUAAUGUAACUUAAUUAACUUUUAUGAUUAUGUAACUUUUAAUAUACAUAUAUUUAUUUUAAUAUCAUCUAUUUUUCAUUUUCAAGAUAUACCUAGGCAAAUCCUUGAUCAAAAAACUAAAAUGUAUAAAUGUUUAUGUAAUUUAAUUUUAUUCUUUAGCUA